UCUUCUGUUCUGUCCGCUCUUUUAUUCUUUUAUACUUGGACGCGUUCUUCUUUUUUCUUUUUGAUUUGUUGUUAUAUUCUUUUGUUUGUGGUGUAUCCUGGGUUCUUGUAUUUCUUUCCUUGUUUGAAGUACACGCUAUAGAGCAGCCCAGCAUCGAUCCAGAACCAGCACCCGCACCAAAAUCUGAUUGAGAAAACGACAACCCAUGGGCCCCGUCACAAUCACCGCCAUCACAAACAAAGUAUCCUCGACCACAGUCCAAGACUGUCUAGCGCAGCCGCUGACCUUUCGCAUUGCGCGCGAGGCCGAAGACGCGCUCAUGACUGUGCCGCCGCGGAAUUUCGUCGUGCUGGCCGCCGGGGAGGAUCAGGCGAGCGAGAAGAGCAAGAAAGGGGAGGAGUCGGGGGAGGAGACGGAGGAGGAGACGUUGGUGUUGAAUAAGAACUUGCCGAUGAAGAAAAAACUUGCUGUGCAAAAAACUGCGGGAGCAGUGCAGACCAAUGGCGACGCGCACGCAAACGGAACCACCACUCCUACCGCGAAACGACCGCACGACGACGACGAAGACACCGACUCUGGCGAAUCCUUCACCGAGCCCGAAGAGCAACUGUUCCCGCGCCACAAGCUCCCCGUGACCUGGACGCAGCGGUACGCGAGCACGCCGGGGUUCAUCAACAACGGGGUGACGUGCUACAUGAACUCGACGCUGCAGGUGCUGCUGCAUAUUCCCGCGCUGGUCGAGUACCUGCUCAACGUGCACAAGAAGGAGCAUCCGGUCGAGAACGAGGGUUGUAUGAUGUGCACGUUUCGAAAGUUGGCGGAGGAGUGUUAUAGUGGAUCAAAGAAGCGGAAACCAAUCUAUCCGCGCUUUAUCUUGAAGAAAUUGAGAGCAACCGGCGCGAAAUUCAGCGACCACAGACAAGAAGACGCCCACGAAUUCCUGCGCUGCUUCAUCGACGCCCUGCAACUCUCAGUCGCGCCCAAAACGCUCAAGGAAUCCGUGAAAGAGACAUCUGUCGUGCACCGCAUCUUUGGCGGCCGCUUCCGCCAGCAGAUCCGCUGCAAGAAAUGCAACCACCCGUCAAACACCUACCAGCCCACGCUCGACAUGCAGCUCGACAUCAAGCGCGGCUCCGGCUCCUCGAUCGAGGACGCGAUCCGGCGGUUUUUCGCGGGCGAGCAGCUUUCGCGCGCAAAAGGGAACGCGUAUAAAUGUGAUCGGUGCAAGACGCUCGCGGACGCGUCGAAGCGCACGCUGAUCUACGACGCGCCAGAGUACUUUACUUUGCACCUCAAGCGGUUCGAUUUCACGAUGCGGGGCACGUCGAAGAUUACGGAUUUUAUAAAGUACCCGCGCGAGCUCGAUAUGUCUGCGUACUCGACGCGGCGCGAGAGUCUGGUGUACGAGCUCAUGAGCGUGAUUGUCCAUCAGGGCAGACGCACGUCUAGCGGGCAUUACUACUCCUUCUGCAAGCUCUCGGAUGGGUCGUGGGCGAGCUUUAACGACGAGAUUGUUGAUAAGGUGUCUGAGAAGACUGCUCUUAGACAGGAGGCUUAUAUCCUCAUCUACGCGCGCUCGCCCAACAAACUCCCCAAGCCUUCUCCCGCUUCUCCAUCUGUCUCAGCAGCAGCCACGCCAAAGAAGAAGGCAAAGAAGCAGGAGGAUUCCUCGCCGAUCGCGCAGACGAGAAUAAUGCCAGACAACUCUGUGCGCUCCAGUCGAACGCCGAUAACGAGACCGUUCGAGGACGAUUUCAUCGGCGAGGUGAUCUCGCGAGACGCGUACGAGCGGGGCGAUGUCCCGGCAAAGACGACGGGUGAUGACGAAAACGGCGUCGAUGAUGAGGAUGAUGAUGAGGAUGAUUCAGAUUUCCAUACGCCGUCCGGCGACGAAGCCGAAGAGGAGGAGGAAGACGCGGGCGAGAGCAGCGACGAAAGCGACUCGCAAGCAAAACACCGAGCACGACAACCGCACCGCGCGCUACCACCCUCCUCGCCCGCCAAGAAACUGCAAAAACAGCGGGCGGCGAUACAGCAGCUCGAAGCGAAGCGGUUGUUUGAGGCCAAGAUCGCGGCGGCCGGAAACCGGAGCAAGAAUAAAAAGAAGAAGAAGAGGAGGCAGGGGCUGUCGUCGCCGUUCCAGCCAAAGACGUUUGAGGACGCGGGAGGGAAGAGUAAUGGUGGCGGGGGGUCGCCUACGGUUGCGAAGCUGAAGAUGCAUACGAAGAUGAAUGGGCGGAAACUGUAGAAUUAGAAGAAGAAUAAUAAAAGUAGAACCUGUUAAC